CUUGGAUAUAUUGCUUUAACAGGUGACUAGUAGAAGAGAGACAUCUGCUCCUAACAAUGUCCAGGAGAAGGCUGGAGAAUAAAAGCCUUUCCGGCUUGUUGGCCACCUCUCUGCAGACACAAAUCAAGACUGACAAUUUUCACAAUUUCUACAUGCUUGAAUCUAAAGAACUUGGAAGAGGAAGAUGUGCGGUGGUUAGAAAAUGUAUAGCUAAAUCCACAGGCCAAGAAUACGCAGCUAAAUUUUUAAAGAAAAGAAGGCGAGGUCAAGACUGCAAAGCAGAGAUUUUCCAUGAAAUUGCUGUCCUUGAAUUAAUGAAAUCUAAUCCUCGGAUAGUCAAUCUCCAUGAAGUCUAUGAAACUGCAAAUGAAAUAAUCUUAGUGCUGGAAUAUGCUGCUGGAGGAGAAAUUUUUAACUUAUGCAUCCCGGACCUGGAUGACAGAAUUGGUGAAAAUGAUAUUAUAAAACUUAUAAGACAAAUACUUGAAGGACUUUGCUGCUUGCAUGAAAACAAUAUUGUGCAUCUUGAUUUAAAGCCUCAAAACAUCUUACUGAGCAGCUGCAAUCCUCUUGGUGAUGUAAAGAUUGUAGAUUUUGGUAUGUCUCGGAAGAUAGAGAAUUCCAGUGAACUGCGGCAAAUCAUGGGAACAACGGAAUAUCUAGCUCCAGAAAUCUUAAACUAUGAUCCUAUUACGACAGCUACAGAUAUGUGGAACAUAGGUGUCAUUUCAUACAUGCUGUUGACACACGAAUCUCCAUUUGUGGGAGCUGAUAAUCAAGAAACUUUCCUUAACAUAUCUCAAGUUAACGUUGAUUAUUCAGAAGAAACAUUUUCAUCGAUUUCACAGCCUGCCAGAGACUUCGUUCAAAAGCUUCUCAUCAAAAAUCCAGAGCAAAGACCCACAGCAGAGGCCUGUCUCUCUCAUUCGUGGUUGCAGCAAGGGGAAUUCAUACUCUUGUGUAGCCCUCAAGAAACUUCCUGCCCUUCUCUGAUGCCAGGACACGCAACGAAAUGCUCAGAAGAGUGGAAUAUAAAAUCCAGUUGUAAUGAUACCUGUAGCAACAAGGAAGACAAAGAAAACAUUCCAGAGGACAGCAGUACGGUCUCCAAACGUUUCCGGUUUGACGAUUCGUUGCAGUAUCCACAAGACUUCAUGACAGACUUCGUAUGCUAAUGUGUUUUUAUAGACUUCUUUUGAAAUGAACUUAGCAUAAUCUAUUCCAUUGGUGAAUAUAAGAUUAUGGCUUGCCAAUUCUUGCAGCAUUGAGCAAAUGCACUUUUGAUCCUUUUAUGCUGGUGCUUCAUUUUCUGUCCAUUGCUGGCGAUGGAUAACUCCUGAGAAAUUGGAGUUAUAGCACCAAUA